AUGACGGACAAUCAACCCUCCCCCGACUACUCCCGCCCACUGUUUCCCGCCCAUAAUGAGCCGCGAGUAUGGGUGAUCACCGCAGGAGACUCGCCGAUUGGGAUAUCGGUUGCUCGUCAGAUACUCAUGCACGGCGAUUAUGCAUUACUCGGACUCGCGCACACAAAUCUGGACCGGGAUGCAUGCCGUCGCGAAGGAUUCGAAGCUUUCCUGGCCGAAAUCGAGAGCCACAGCGACGAAGGAUGGGUUCAGCGGUUCAAGGCCGUUCCUCUGGAUAUAAGAAUGAUAGGGCAAUGUCAAGCUGUGGUCGCCGAGGCAGUAGCAACUUUUGGCAAGGUUGACAUUCUACUCUGCUGUACCAGCCAGGCUUUAAUCGGAACGGUGGAAGAGCUCUCAGUUUCUCAACAGACUUUGAACCUGGUCCGGGAGCAGUUCGAAACCAAUUACUUCGGUCCUCUGAAUAUCAUCAAAGCAACAUUGCCGCACCUGAGGAGGCAAAAGUCAGGUCAUAUAAUGAUUCUUUCCGGAAUUACCGCCCAUAUUGGUACACCUGGACUUGGGAUGUAUUCCGCAGCUGGUUGGGCUCUUGAAGGGUUUUGCGACAGCCUUGCAUUCGAGAUUGCCCCAUUCAACGUGAAGCUCACGAUUUUCCAGUGCAGCAUCGAGAUCGGAAUUCUCACAAAUUUGAUCACCAGCGUGCCCCCGAUAGUACCUGCGUACUCUCCUUCUAUGAAUCAUGCCCCUUUGUUCCGUGGCAUAUUGAAUAGAAUGAUUCCUCGGCUGCCGAAUGCAGAGAACACGGAGAACGGCCACCAGGAUUCAGACCAAAUCAGUUCUGCUGCAGACGGGCCGUUCUCCGCUUCUAAAGUUCUUUCAAUGUACCCUCCGCUGAGUUCUGCGCAUAUGGAAGUCUUGGUCGAAGAAACUGUGUAUGCUAUCACAGCCAUUGGUGGGCAUGAAAACCCACCGUCGCGGCAUAUUGUGGGGCAAGAAGGUGUUGCCAGUGUUAAGGAGAAGCUCAAGACCGUCAGUGAAGAAUUGGAGGAUUUCAUCCAGGCAAGUUGUGCCGUUGAUUAUGCGGCCGAUAGCGGGCCGAGUCCAUCAAAGGAAGAUAAUAUGGUCAUGGGCUCAAAUAAUGAAAAUGUGUGA